GCGAAAGUCUCAGAUUUCACUUUCACUCUUGAUGGAUUUGCCAUCUGUUAUACCGACGGAUCCUGCAUCACUCAUUUGCAAAUUUCCGGAGUUGGAGUUUGGUUUGGAAAGGACCACGUUGCGAACAUUUCAGAGCCAUUGCCCGUUCCGGGCACAAGUAACCGUGCAGAACUGACUGCCGUGCUCUAUGCGAUCCACGUUGCAAAGGAAGCCGGUCUAAGUAAGUUGGAGGUCCGUACCGAUUCGACAUACACCAAGAAUUGUGUCACUGUUUGGCUGCCGAAUUGGAAAGGGAACAAUUGGCAGACAACCGCGAAUAAAGAUGUCCUGAAUCAAAAGGAAAUCCGAGCUAUCGACGAAGCCUUCAAUUAUGUGGAAGUGAAAUUUAAGUGGAUACAAGCUCAUUCCGGCGAAGAAGGAAACGAAGCUGCGGAUCGAUUGGCGAGGCUUGGGGAGAAUGCUAGCAGCAAGUGUCUAGGCUUAGCGGAGUGCAGGAAUUUCAGUAUUCCGGAAGAGGCGGAAAAUUACAUGAAUGUUCUGGCACGUGCCUUGGGUGUUUCUGACGUGGGAUCGGGAUCAGAUUUCGGAGGAUAUUUCAGAUCUUCGCUAAGUUUCGAAAAUGCCAUCCUGCUUACCUCUGGCGAGGAGUUCCACGAAAGAUUUGGCAUUCUAAGUCCGAAUGAUGGGGAAAUGAUUUCGCAAGAAUGA